AUGGCUAAUCUCUUUCGUUUUCUCCCUUUGCUUUACCUCCUGCUGCAGGCAGGUUUUGCCCAGAACAACAGCAUCGUUUCCAUCCCGUAUGCGCUCACAUACUUGCUUCCCUCGCGCUUCAACGGAGACAUUUCUUUCACUUUCAUAAAUGGCACCCAUACCUCUGACCCGUCCGUCAAUUCUCUCCUCGAAUCCGCGACGUACACUCCUUUCAUCUCAUAUGACGAAGAAUUCCUCUCUCUGCUCGGUUCAAACCCUACGGUGGAAUUGAUCGAUGAACGCGAAGCCAACUUCGCCGCCGAGGCAGGUGUCUGGAUUCGCGAGCGCAGCGAGGUCUGGUAUACGACUUGGAUCAACGAUGGGCCCACCAGGGUGGAAAUAUUGAAUUUGGCAGACAGAAGCAUUCGAAACCUGAGUUCAUCCAUGCCGUUGGAGAAUCCUAAUGGAGGGUACUAUCACCAAGGCCUUGUAUACUUCACUUGCCUACGCGACGAUUCUCGAGGCUGGCCCGGGGGGGUGGUAUCUGUGGAUCCGGAAACUGGUCACGUCGAGAGGAUUCUCAAUUCAUACUUUGGUCUCAAGUUCGACAGUAUUGACGAUGUGACUUGGGUCACGCAGCCCGGUACCAACCACUCCUUCAUGUUCAUCACCAUUCUGCCCAAUCCCGAAGGCACUGAGAAGGGGGAAAAUGAUACACUACCUCAAGGUCUAUGGCGUUGGGACCCACAAGCAAAGCUUCUGCUGCCGGCUAUUAGCAGAACCGAGCUUCCUGUUGCGAACGGAGUCAGAGUUUCAAGGGAUCAAAAGACGCUCUGGGUUACAGAUUUCGGUGGCGCGGAACGCAGUAGGGCCUGGGGUCUGCCUGCUGAAGUUGGAGCACCGGCGAUAUACAAGUACAGCCUCGAUGAGGACAUGUGGCCGACGAACAAGCGUAUCUUCGGGGUGUCGAGGAUGCAAGCGGCCGAUGGGAUCCGGGUGGAUGAUCAGGGGAGGGUGUGGACGGCAGAGGGCGAAGGAGUCAUGGUACGAGCAGCGGACGGGAGAGUUAUUGGUGCGUUUAAUGCGCAGUAUUUCACCAGAGACCCUACAAGUACAGCAAUUGUGCAGUUUGCGCUUGCUGGGGACACGUUAGUGAUUCUGGGACAAAAUAAGCUCUGGACAGUGAAACUUGCAGAAACUGUGUCCAGCAGGUCGAUAUAG